AUGAAGCCCAAGCUCAAGCCAGCCCUCACAAUGAAGACCCUCACCCCCCUGCUCCUCGCCACAACCGCUCUAUCUGCCCCAUCCAAUCCUCAUCCUAACGCUCUGAUCUCCAAAUUCUCCUCCCUCAUCGUCUUCGGCAACAGCUACACCGACAACGGCAUCCACGCCUACACGCCCCCCGUCCCGCCGCAAUCCAACCUCACCAGCACCGGCGGCCGCGUCUGGCCCAGCUACAUCCAGCAAUACACGGGGAUAAACCUCUACGACUACGCCGUCUCCGGCGCCGUCUGCGACGCCGUGAUCGCAAACACAGAACGCAACGGGAUAAAGCAGGACCAGCUGCCUGCGUUCCUGGCGGACAAUAGCUGGCGGGAUACUCGCACCAAUGAACCAGCCCUCCUCAACGACCCCGAUAAAACCGUCUACGCCAUCUGGAUCGGCACAAAUGACCUCGGCUACGGCGGGUUCCUGACGGAGGUGCAGCCGGCCGGGAUGGCGCUGAGUUAUUUCACGGAGUGCGUGUAUGCGCAGCUGGACGCGCUGUAUAGCGUCGGGGCACGGGCGUUUGUGCUUUUGAACAUUGCGCCGCUGGAUCUGAGUCCUGUUUAUGCGAGGGCUCAGGAUGGGGGACUCGCAACUCCGCUGUUUUGGACGGAUAGGGCUGCGUAUGAGGCGAAUCUUACGCGCUCCAGCGAGAAGAUGAGGCAGUAUCUUACGAUGGUGAAUGAGGUCUUUGAGUAUAAGACGCCUGUUGAUGUUGUGCUCAACAAGAGGUAUGCUGGGAGUAGGGUUGCGGUGUUUGAUGUGCAUGCUUUGAUUACGGAUAUCUAUGAGAAUCCGGGGAGUUACCUUAACGGAACUGUGCCAUUUAACGUCACGAGUACCGUGGAGCAGUGUGGUAGUGCGUGUGACGCGAGUGAUGUCCGGGACAGUUAUCUUUGGUAUGAUGACCUGCAUCCCUCCGAGCAGACGGACCGAAUCAUUGCGCGGGAGUUUGUCAAGGUCGUCAAGGGAGACACUACGUGGGCGAGGUUCUGGAGGAGCUAA